AUGGUUCACACCGUCGGUCUCCACUACGAUGUGGCAGACCCCGACCUGCGAAGAUGGUCCGAAGCCGUUGGCCGUCCCGUUGGACCUGUGCUUCGCCUCUCCAGAGACGGUUACAACACGCCGCUCGUGUUCCCUCCCGGCGACGGCUGGGCCUACGGCUCUGCUCUGGACUGGGCAGGUGUGGGCCUAGAGACGCUGGAGAAGCAGAGUCUCGGCUCAUACAUGAAGGAGCACGUCCUGAAUCCUCUGCAGAUGCGCGAUACGGGAUUCCGCGUCAAGCAGCUGCCUCACACCGCAGGUCGACGAGCCCAAGUGGCCAUCCGCGACGCCACCAGCGGCUCUCUCUCGGCCUUUGACAUUGUCCCGGAGGAGCCCGAGAUGGACAGCGCCGGCGCGGGCAUCCACACCACGGCCAACGACUACGUGCGGCUGUUGCGCGCGAUGCUGCAGGUUGAGCCGGGCGUGGUUUCGGCAGAGACGGCGCGGAUGAUGUUUGCGCCGCAGCUGGAUGAGCGGCAGAGGGUGAUGAUGGGGGAUGUUUUCUAUGGCGAGGGACGCAGAGAGGCGUAUAUCCCUGAGAUGCCGGAUGGCGUGGCGCUGCAGUAUGGAUAUGGCGGGAUGGUGACGAUGGAGGAUGUUGCUGGGCUGAGGAGGAGGGGCAGUCUGUCGUGGAGCGGAGCAUGCAGUUCGCGAUGGGUGAGUUUACCUUUGACUCUUUACCGUUUCUCUUCUGAUACUGAGGUAUCUUUUGUUUCUGACGCAUGGUGUUUAGUGGAUUGA